ACUCUAACGCGCGACCGUUUUAGACCAACCGUUUCCAACCGCUUUCGUUGAGCGUUUUAUUAAUUAACUGCUUUGGAAAUUUGUGUUUUUCAGUGUUUUUAUUAUUUUAACGAACAAUAAGCGACGUAAUCACGGCGAGUUAAGAUCGCGUGAUGACUAGCUAAGCUGUAUCAGCUCACAUCGAAGUGCAAAAUUUGAAAUGUAGCCUGUGAGGAAGCGAAUGGGCAGGUGAACGAAUACGUUCUUUGUGUUCAAACGUCUUUUAUGCAGGUCAAGCCAUUUCGAAAUUCGUCGGGAUGAGCGCGACACCCGAUAAAGACGAGCGUAGAAAACGCUCGCUGGAAGCCGGCAGAGAAAUGUUGGAGAAAUACAAAGCAAAGCGAUCUAGUAAAAACAUAGGUACAAAUAUGCAAUGCGUGGAACAGUCUGACGACGAAUCAUUACACAACGAAAAAUCUACAUUGGUUAAAGAAUCUGGCAUAAAUGAAGAUAUAUCCUCGAGAGAUAUAACACACAGCAGUGUAAGUAUAAGCGAAGGAGAUGGUGAUCUAGAAGGAUUAGCAGGACGUGUUGCAGAACUGGAAGAAUUAUUACAAGGGAAAGAAGCUAUAGUUGGAGCUUUAAAUGCAGAAAUUGAUCAUCUGCGAGCUGAGACAUCCUCUCCAAAUUCAUCACAAAGCCAGAGCAGUAGUGUACAUGGAAGAGAUAUUAUAUCUUUGUAUCAUAUAAAAUUGCAAGAAUUUGAAAAAGCACUGUAUCAACGUGAUAAUCUAAUAGAACACUUGACAGCAUCUUUAGAGCAAGCAUUAUCUGCCAGAGAUGCUGUCACAGGACAACUUAAUGCCUUAAAUACCAUGCAGAUCGACAAUCCUGUGAUAAAUAACAUGAACUUGCAGCAAAAAAUUGAGGCUCUGGAAACAACAAUGAACGAUAAAGAAGCGUCAAUACGUCGGUUGAACGCGCAUUUGACAGAUAUUCGUAAACAUGUACAAACAUUGGAGAUGGAAAGAGAAACGCGAAACGCAGAAAUCAAUGAUUAUAAAUUGCAGAUAGAUAAUCUAACUGAGCAAAUUCGUCUCAGUGCUUCGGAGAAAAAUGUAAACAUUGAUGAAACCUUGGCACAACAGAAACAAUAUGAAGCACGUGUUGACAAGAUCAAACAGGAUAUGCAGCAUAUUUUGAACAAAUUUACCACUGUAACAAAUGCCAAUGCAACGCGUCAUCAGCAAGAAUUAAAGGAAUUAACCAUAAAAAACGAAACUGAAAUUGCCGAUAUAAAAGCCAAGCAUGACGAAUGUAUCAAAGUACUGAAGGAUGAAAACAAAAUGUUAGCCGAUCGUUUAAACAAGGAAUUGCCAAACUUGGAAAGCAGGCAUGCCAAGGAAUUGUCCGUUUUUCAAACGCAAUUGGCCCAUUAUAAGAAAACUGUCGAAGCAUUAAAGCUCGAAUUGAUGAAUCAUGCCGAAUCCCAAAAAGUCGCUCAAUCUGAAGCCCAUUUGUACAAAUCAAAACUCGACGAAUUGAGAUUUGAAGCAGAGAACGAACGACGUAUGCAAAGUCUACACUUUCAAAAGGAGAAGGAAUUGUUAAAUGAACAAAUCAAACUGCACAAAAUUCAGCUAGAGGAAAUCACGUCGAAGCACAUUGCAACGAUGAGCAUUCUCGAGUCCAAGGAGAGUAUUGAACGAUCGCUAGAACAGGCUUUAUCGAAUGCCACUAUGCUAAAGCAGGAGAACGACUCGCUGAAAUAUAAGCUGGAUGAUUUGUCGUGCAGAUAUUCAGCGGCACAGUCGAUGAUAGAAAACAGUCAGAUGCAUGAAAGAACUCUGAGUGGUAAGAUAUAUGAACUAGAAAGGUCUUUGUCGCGAUUCGACGCUACGAGCGUCAGCACAGUUAGCGAACUAGGUGAAACCAUGUACAAGACUUUUGAUGAUGAAGCUCUUCAGCACCAAAUGAUAAAACGAAAGUUUGAGGAUAAAAUGGAGAUGGAAAGACUAUUGGUUGAAAAAAUUCACAUUCUCGAAGAAGAUUUGGGCAAAGCGAACGAUAAGCUAGAACAGACCGAUCUCGCAAAGAAAACCUAUGAAAAACAGCUGAAAGAUAUGAAAAAUACAUGUGACAAGCUGCAACAGGAAGUUAAUUCCUUGAAAGAAAUCAAUCAUGCGAUGUCUCAUGAUAAUUCUACUCAAGAAUAUUUUGAGAGCGAUAUUCCAGCGAAUGUUGAUUUGGCGCGACAUGUAGAAGCUCAACAAAGAGAAAUUGAGAGUCUGAAGCUACUCAUGGAACAGAAAGAAACAGAGAAUGUGAAAUGUAAAAAAGAUUUAAUUGAAAUAACAGAGAAAACGAAAAAGCUGGAAGCACAAUGCGAACAAUUAAGAGACGGCUUGGUCCAGGCUUGGACUCAAUGCGCUGAGUUUGAAGAAAAAUUGAACCAAACUGCGACGAGUGAUAGCAGUAAAGUCAAUACUUCCUUAAAUAGUACGACUUCCAAGCACUUUAAAGCAAAUCAAAGUUUGGAUGACAGUGCAUCAGAUCAAAAUAUAAUAGAUCAAACAAAAGCUCCAGAAACAAACAUUACUGAUAUCAGCACAUUAGUAGAUAAUAGUAACGUGAAAAACAGCGAGAAUUUACAUAAGGAAAUGCAGCAAAUUCUGGAAGGCGAAUUAAGCGUAGAUAAGAUUAAGUUCAAGUUAUGUCGUUAUUACACGGUAUGCGAGAAAAUAGCCGCCGAAAAAGCGCUGCUCUCAAUGGAGAACGCCGCUUUACGAAUGGAGAAGGAACUUCUAAGCCAAGAAAUCCAGGACAUUAUAACUCGAUGUAAAGAAGAACUAGAAUCUGUUAAAGCGGAUUCUGCCAAAGAAAUCAACAGAUUGCAGUUGUUGGUGCAGACUUUCAAAUCAUUUCAGAAUGGGAAUGACACCAAUGAUAUAAAAGCUGAACUUAAUGCACGCCAUGCUAAGGAGAUGGAGGAACUUCGAACAUACUUCGAGCAAAAGUGCUUGCAGAUGGAAAAGCAAUAUUCCGAGGAGAUUUUCAGCCAGCAAUCAAAACGGAUUUCUGACAAUGAUAGUGAAACCGAAGAGCUAACAGAUGAUCUAUAUUUUGGUGGUGCAGGCGAUUGUUUGAACGCGUCCAAUUCCCGAGCAGCGAUUUCUGAUGCCAACGAAGAAUCUCUGAAGGACAAGAUACUGGAUGCUGAAAAACAAGCGCGUCUCGAAACAGAAUACGAAAAUAGUAUCCAAGCAUUGAGGCAAGAAUUGGAACAUAAAGUGAAGAAAAUUCAAAUUAUCAAGGCUGACUAUGAGAAAGCAAUCAAAGAACAGAAAGAGUUGCAUGAAUGUCAAAUUCGCGAUAUUGAAGCAAAACUGGAACGUUCGUCUGCUAUAUCCAUUGUGCACCAGUAUUGUCAGACAGAAUGGGAGGCAUCGGAAAAUGGUGAAUUAUCGAGACUGCGUGACGCGUAUAAUCAUCAAUUGGAAGAACAGGUCGCACUAGCUAGACAGGACAUUGUCAACGCUCUUCAAGAACAAUUUCAGGCACUAUUAUCAGUGGAAGCAGAUAAAGAAGAUAAUUGGCCAACCGAAUUGUUAGAACUACGAGAUAAAUUUACAUGCAAUGCUAAGCAAGAAAUUCAGGAAAUAAAAAAAAUGCAUAGUGCUGAAUUAACUCAUCUGAGAGAUGAACACGAUUGCAUUGUAGCACGAAUGUGUGAGCAACACCAAAGAGAAAUCGCCAUUCUUAAGACUCAGAAUCCAGGUAAUAAUCAAGAAGUUGGCUAUGUUGGAUCUUCAGAUAAUAUCAUGGAAGAAAGGGAUAACUUAAAGAAGACAUGUAUAACUCUCAAAAAUUUGAUUGGGGAAUUAGUUAAUUAUUUUGCCAUCUGUGAAGAAGAAGUUAACAACACUCUGAUCAAUGAAGUUCUGAAAAGACAAUUAACAGAGUCCGUCUUUACUCAUGAAGGAAAUUUAAGCAAGGACGACAGUGUUAUAUCAGAAACACAAUACAAAGACCAAAAAUCCAACUUAUCCAUUAAAAGGGUCCAUUUUGCUCCACAAUCGAGCAAAAUAAAUUCUAUUGUUAACAGCGAUAACAAGACAUGGGUUGAGGAAGACAUGGAUGAGAUAUUAAGAAAGGAGUUAAAGGCUUGUUUAAGACGUCUAAAGUCGGAUAGCACACAAAUACUCAAUCUUUCGCUACCAAACAACGAAGACAAUAUUGCAUUGCCAUCAAAAGAGACUCUCUUAGCAAGUCAAAUUAAUGAAGAGCUUUCCUUGAAACUGAAUCAUGCUGAAGCUUUGAUAAUAGGCUAUCAAGAAGAAGCAGAACAAUUAAAAUUGCAUAUUUUGGACCUACAACAAAAAUUGAUUAGCGCAGAGAGCAAAAAAGAAGUCAUCACAGAGGGAUACGGCGAAAGUGAUCUCUCUGGAAUUGAUAUAACACUGCCAGACUUUUUACAGGUGCAAGAAAAAGCUAAACAUGUAUUAUCGAAUGGCGGUGGCGACGCAUCUUAUUUACUGCAAUUGAUAGAGGAGUUGUGCAGGCAAAAUGACAAACUAAUAGACGAUUCUAAAAGAGAAAAGGAGGAUUUACAACAACAGCAGGUACCUUUAGAACCCACUCCUACCCCAUACAUUCACAGGGUUUGCUGCAAAAAGAUUGAAGCAGCGGACAAGCAAUUGCGAGCAACGCGCCGAUUUUUGGACGAGCAAGCGAGCGAGCGCGAGAUGGAGCGGGAUGAAGCCGCGAAACAAAUUCAGCUUUUGCAAGAACAGCUCAAGGAACGCGAGCGUAAGAAGGAGAGAGAUAUGCGAAUUAGUUCUGAGCAGUCUGAGCUAUCAUCUGAAACAACUUCAGGCAUCCCUGAACUUCAAACCACGACCAAUGCAACUGUGGAGGCUCUUGAAUCUCAGAUGAGAGAAAUGUCGUCGUUAAUGUCCGACACAGAGGCGAAGAAAUCGGAAAAGGAAAGUGAAUUGAAGGCUGCGGUGGAUAAAAUAUGGGUCUUACGAGAUGUCAUUGCUGACUUGGAGCAAAGGUUACAAGAUAAGAUUGAAAGGGAAGAAUCCUUGCAAUUGCAAAUCAGUCAAUUGGAAACCGUAAUAACCGCGCAAACAAAGAAUCAGCAGGAUCUAGUUCAAGAGCUGGACGCUAUCAAAUCUGGCACUGAAAGCAGACAUCUGAAUGAACAAAUUAAUCAUUUACGGGAGGAAUUGAAUAAGCACAAGUUAAGCUCAGAGCAUUUUAAUGUCAAUUCGUCUGUCUUGAAGCAAAUGAAAGCAGAGCUUCACGAGAUGCAAAAUCAAUUAGACAGAAGAAUCCGUGAGUUGGAAUCCGUGCACAUGUGCGGUUCAAAUUUGAGCUUGAGUCAGCCGAGUGAAGACGUUUCGAUCAGAGAACAAAUCGAUGCAACGCGAUGUUUGACACCUGAUGAUCCAUCCUCGCCGCCAAUGUUACCGCUGGAUCAAGUACUCAAGUUAAAAGAUAAAAUGCUGAAGCACGCACGAGCGGAGGAAGUGGCUUUUAAACGAAUCAAAGAUCUAGAGAUGCAGUUGACAGCGAUGAAGAAUCAGAAUGAGGAAUUACUAGCAGAGCAAGAGAUUUUACAUCAAACAGCAUCCGAGCAAUUAUUCCAGAUUGAAGCGAUGCGCGGUCGCUUAGAACAACACAAGCAAAGUGCUCCGUUUGCUCAGAAACAGGCAACAUCUCGUUUAGAAUUACAAUUGUACGAAGCUACUACGAAAUAUCACUCUUUGGAGCAAACUAUUACUAAUAAAGAGAUAGAAUUGAAAGAAUUGAAAGCUCAACUCGAAAGAACUAAUCAAAUGCUGGUAGAAAAGGAAGCAGAAAUGGAAAAUUUUUUACAAUCGGAAAAUGGCGCACUACGAAAGAUUGAUCAAUUAAAAGAUCAAUUAAAACUCGUUCAAGAGGAAAAGAAAAUGUUGCAAAUAAAGCUUGGAAGCCAAGAGCAUGCUCAAUCGGAACUGCCACAAUUGAUUGACACCAUGUUGUCAGAUAAGAACGAGGAGAUCGACCAUCUGAAAGAGCAAUUAUCUAGAAAGGAGAAACAAUUGAACGUCUAUUCAUCGCUUGCUUUGGACGAGACACAAAUGAAGGAUUUGACAAAACAAGCAGAGGCUAAGAACAGCGCGCGAACAUUGAGCGAUAUUCUUUCCAUACAUUCGGAAUGCGAGGAAUUCCCUGAAGCUAUUCGAGCGAUUAAUGCAACACACAUGAUGAUAUCACAAAAUAUCUCCAGCAUCAGAGUUCCUACAUCUGUAUCGAAGAACACAUUAACUACAAACACUUUUGAUACUACACAAACACCUUUACUCAAUGUAGACAAAAUAGAUGCGCAAGUUCCACCAUUGGAUUUAGAUUCACACACACAUAGUUUCAGUAAUGAUGUGCGUCAUUCGGAAAUGGAGCUACACCAUACCGAAGACGAAUCAAAAUUAUCAUCUCCUAAGAACAAUGAUGUCAGCGAAGAUUCUCGACAAACCGAAGAAUUACUUAAUGAAAAGAUGAAGGAAAUUGAGAACUUGUCAAAUCAACUGCAAACUCUGCAACUCGAACUGGAAUUAAAGUCCGAGGUUUUAAACAAAUAUGAAAUCGAGUCGGCUUCCAUGCAGAAACAAUAUCAAGAGUUGGAGGAUGAGUAUAAGGAAAUUGUUGAAAACCUGGUACGAGAUAAAAAUUUUUAUAAAGGUCAAUAUGAAUUGACUCAGGCAUCGGAGAGUAAAAUAAAGAAAGAUCUGGAAGAAGUCGAGAAUAUUUUAAAAUUAAAGACAGACGAGCUUGAAGAUCACAAGAACAAGAUGCAAGUAAAUGAAAAGAUCAUCACAGAGUUGAAUAUGGAGAACACAAAGCUGAAAAAAGAAAUAACAAUUAGAGAAAAGGAUCAAAUAAAAAACAACAGCUUCUUACUGCAGGAGAAGAUGCAGGAACUGCAAAGAUUCAAGGAACUCGUUCUAGAGAAGGAUAUUGCACUGGAAACUCUUCAGACACGCAAUAUUGAAAUCGAAAACGAGAACAAGCAGUUGUACGAAUUCAAGACGAAGCUUCAUACGCGCGAACGGGAGAUCGCUGAGUUACAUGAUGAGAUCUUGCGAUUGACGGACGGUCUAAAUAAUCGAGAUCAGAUUAUCCGUAAAUUGGAGGAGAUAGCAAAACGGACAAGCGAUAUUCACUCAGGCGCAUCGUCGCCUUCAUCCUCUGUCAGUAACAAAGACCAAGAAAUCCAUCAUCUGCAGGAGUUUCUGAAAGAAAAGGACAAAGUAAUUAGGCAGAUGAGCGACGAUAGUAAGAGCUUGCAGCAAGCGCUGGAAACUAUUCAGAACAAGAUGAAAGAAUCUGGUAAUGUUGUGGAGCUGAGGAGGAAAUUGAAGGAUGAGCGCAGGCUGAACGAGGAGUUGAAAAAUAUAGUACAAAAGCUGCAGAAAGAAUUAGAGUUAAAAGAUGCGUCCGCGCAAUGUUCGCAGGACGAUAGCGAUAUUGAAGACAUGGUCCAACGAGAACUGAAUCUCUCCGCGCGAUUGGAUAAGCAAAUUAUGCAAGUUAUUAAAAACGAUAACAACGAGGAGAUCGUCGAAGGAGCGACGAAAGAGUAUCAGCAGAAGUUGAGCGAGAUCUGUAAAGACAAUAAGAUACUGAAAAAACUGAAAGAGGAUCUCGAAAUUGAACGUGAUUUAAUGAAACAUCAGAUCGCUGAGUACGAGAAUCGUAUUCUACAAUUGAAGGCGGAUUUGGCAGAAGAGACAAAGAAGGUAGUCCAAUUAGACAAGGAACUUGUGUCAGAGAGAAACACGGUAAAGUUUUUAAGGAUGCAGAUAGAAGAACAUCGUCGGAAAACGGAAGUGGGACGAGCUCAGGACACAGAGUUGAUCGAAUUUCUGCAGAAAAAACUGAAAGCCUCUCUGGAGAACGAGGGGAAGCUUCGUAAUGAUUUAGCAUCGAUGAGGCAACAGCAGAUUAAUCUAGAAUCACAAUUUCUGUCCACGAAGAAAUUAAUAGAAACCGAAAACUUGCAUAGAUCCGCUGCAGCUGCGCAAAAUAAAUCAGAGAGGACAAGCGAAGAUCCCAAGGGAAGUCGCGAAAAUACGGAGUUGCGGGAAAAUAUAAAGAGAUUAGAAACUGAGAUGAGUACAUACGAAAAACGAUUGGAAAUUGCAACAGAAGAACGGGAAAAACUGAUCAGCAGUGUAGCGUUAGCUAACGGGAUGAAGGAAAUCAUGGAAGCAAAUCUGCACAGAACCACGGAAGAAUUGAAAUUGCAAGAAGAGGAGUGUGAUCAUCUGCAGAAGCAGCUGAAAAUGAUGAUGGAAGCUGAAAAUAAGAAGCAAGAGCAACGAGAUGCUGAACUAGACGAAAUCAGAGGAUUGCACAGAGAGAUUAGCAUUGCUCGGGAAACUAGGAUAAAUCUGGAGGCUGACAUAAAUCUUGCGAGGCAAAAACUGAAAGAAUCCUCGGAUCGGGAGCUGAAGCUUACACAUAUGGUGGAAUCCUUGAAAGAGCGAGAGACUGAGCUCAAUACAAAACUGAUAAUAGCAAAAGAGAAAGAGAAGAAUCUAAAGGACUGGAUCGAGAAUUUGCAGCCAAGCUUAAAAACCGUUGCCGAAAGAGAGGAAGAUACGAGGAACAAGCUGGUGAAUUUCAACAAAGAUACAGCGAGCUUCGCACAAAGAAUUAAAGAAUUAAAUGAAUUAGUUGAGAAAUACUCUGUCGAGAAAAACAAUCUUAAACGAAAACUUGACAAGAUAACGAUAGAUAGGGACACAGCGAUGCAGCGUGUAAGCUGUCUUGAAGGACGGAUAAAGAAACUGAAAAAUGGACAGGCUCCUACAUCCAACAGCAAUUCAACAACAAUUUCUAUUGAAAGGUUGCAAAAACUUUAUGGCUCAUACUUACGAGUGGACAGCAGACGAAAGGCAUUGGCAUUCCAGAAGAAAUAUUUGCUGUGCAUCGUUAGCACUUACCAGUAUUGCGAGGAGAAUACAUUAUGUGUGCUCGCGCAAUUGACUCAAAAUCAACGCGCUUACACGCGAUCGUCGCGGAAAAAAACGGUGCGCUUCAGGAUCGCUGUGUUAACGAUAGUCAGUAUAUACAGGAUGAAGUGGUUGACCCAACGUUGGCGAAUAGGAAAACGCGUGGGUGCUAAUGUUAUUAUAGGUAGUAUAGAUCAAUUAAUAAUUGAUGUGCCGCCUACCAUCAAAAUUGCGUCCAAUUAUUCCCCACCGGUGAGAGAAAGGACGACAAAAAAAUUAAGCGGAAUGAAUGUCCUUGAACAGUAUUAUCAAGAAGUAAAAAAUUUUCAAGAGACACUUGACGCAGUUUUGGCAGAGUCAGGAACUAGUCAUAUUAUCUCAGAAUAACAUUAUAUUUUUAAAACUUGUAGGAGAAAGGAGAGAGAGAGAAAAAGAGGAGAAGUUUAGCUCUGUAAUAUUAGCAUUAAGAAUAUUAUGUAAUCGUUUAAACAAUCAUCAUAUAGGUCGUGUUUCUUUAAAUAGUUUGUUCACACGGCUUGACAAUUUUCGAAUUUUUUUUCUUUUUUUUUUUUUUUUU